AUGCCAGACGCCGACGCCGAAGCGCACUACGUGCACAUGAUACAGUGGCGGCCCAGCGACGGCGUCGGAUCCAUCAUGGAAUCCAAACUUUUUGUCGAGGCCGCGGCCAAGGAUAUGAUGAUUGAGUUUGGCGUCCCCAUUGCCAUCAUGUGGCCGCAGAUGCCGUUUUUCCUGGCGCCUGUGAGCUAUAUUCCCGGCCAGCCGGGCUUCCAGGUCGAUUUCACGCCCACAUCGGAGAAGGCUUCGAUUUGGUUGCGUAUCAGGAAUGAGAUGGUCUUGUUCUGGGCGCUGCCGCAUGUUUUUGCGUGGACCAGCUGGACACGGGAGGUGCGGAAACGACAAGUCGUGAAGCAUUCGGUUCCAGUGGCGCCUAAACCGAACCACCUUGUGUUUGCCAACUCAUUCUUUGGACUUGAGCCGGCCAAAGACUUGCCACCACUUAUGCAAGUGGUUGGGCCGAUCUUGGGGGAUGAGUACCCUCCGCUCGAUGAAAGCUACCGAGCGUUUCUAGAGUCUUAUGAUAAGACGGUGUAUGUCGCUCUAGGCACUCAUAUUGUACUUCCACCAGCAGAGCUCCUGAAGAUACUCACCGGUCUUGUCAUGGCUAUAGAUGCAGGGCAUAUCAACGGCGUCAUAUGGUCCAUUGGGAAGUCAGCAAGGCAGAAUUUCGACAGAUCAGCACAUGUCAAAUCACCCAACGGUGACAAGCUUCCAGUCGGUGAUAUCAUGGAUGAGAAGCACGCCAAUAUCCGAGUCCCAUCUUUCGCUCCCCAGCGAGCCGUUCUCGAUCAUCCCAACACCAGACUCUAUCCUACUCACGGAGGCGGUUCCAGCGCAAAUGAGACCCUAUUUCACGGAACUCCCACUCUGAUGCUGGGCUUCUUCUUCGAACAGCUCGCCAACAGCGCCUGA